AUGGCAAGCCCUUUUUCGCGAUGCCGGCACAGCCCCGGCCCUGCAGGACUGCCAGACGGAGUGGAACGUGGUGAUGCCGACGUGGAUACCCUUGUGAUGUCCCUGGGUUCAAACCAGCUUCGUGGCUCCCUCCCAACCGUCUUGUCGUCGUUGACUGGGCUCACCGUGCUGAACGUCUCAGGCAACUAUCUCACAGGCCCCAUUCUGGACCGCACCAACAUGCCGGCCUCGGCACGCUACGAGUACACCAACAACUACUUCACAGGAGAUCUGCAGCAAGCUGACUGCGUGUCAGCCAAUCUCAAACUCGCCGCAAACUGCUUCUCCACAGCAGCAGCAGCGGCAGCGCUGGCAGUCACAUGUACCGCGCAGCGGUUGCCUGCGGUGUGUGCGGCGUUAUGUGGGAUGAACGGCACCACCACGCCUGUUUGCAACGGCAUGGGGCUGUGCUAUCUAGACGGGCUGAGCCUCGCUCCCACGUGCCUCUGUCUAAAUGGAGCCGUGCAGGAUAGAAGAAGCUCCUGCGCCCCUCCGGGUAUGUGCAGUAGGAGAAGGUGGAGCAAGUAG